AUGUCAGCCUCCGCUGUCUUUGUCCUGGACCUCAAAGGCAAGCCGCUGAUCAGCCGGAACUACAAGGGGGAUGUGAGCAUGGCCGAGAUCGAUCACUUCAUGCCGUUGCUGAUGCAGAAGGAGGAGGAGGGGGCCCUGACGCCGCUGCUGACCCACGGCAAAGUCCACUUCCUCUGGAUCAAGCACACCAACCUGUACCUGGUGGCCACCACCAUGAAGAAUGCCAAUGCCUCGCUGGUCUACUCCUUCCUCUACAAGGUGGUGGAGGUCUUCUCCGAGUACUUUAAGGAGCUGGAGGAGGAGAGCAUCCGAGACAACUUCGUCGUCAUCUACGAACUGCUGGACGAGCUGAUGGAUUUCGGGUUCCCCCAGACGACCGACAGCAAAAUCCUCCAGGAGUACAUCACCCAGCAAGGCAACAAGCUGGAGACCGGCAAGUCCCACGUGCCCCCUACCGUCACCAACGCCGUGUCCUGGCGCUCCGAGGGCAUCAAGUACAAGAAGAACGAGGUUUUCAUCGACGUCAUCGAGUCCGUGAACCUGCUGGGGAACGGGGUCCCUCCACUGACCGCGCUCCUGCCCCCCCAGGUGAACACCAACGGCAGCGUCCUGCUCAGCGAGAUCGUGGGCACCAUCAAGCUGAAGGUGUUUCUCUCCGGCAUGCCCGAGCUGCGGCUGGGCCUCAACGACCGCAUGCUCUUCGAGCUGACUGGGCGUGGCAAGAACAAGUCGGUGGAGCUGGAGGACGUCAAGUUCCACCAGUGCGUGCGGCUCUCGCGCUUCGACAACGACCGCACCAUCUCCUUCAUCCCGCCCGACGGAGACUUCGAACUCAUGUCCUACCGGCUCAACACGCAGGUGAAGCCCCUCAUCUGGAUCGAGUCUGUCAUCGAGAAGUUCUCCCACAGCCGCGUGGAGAUCAUGGUGAAGGCGAAGGGCCAGUUCAAGAAGCAGUCGGUGGCCAACAGUGUGGAGAUCUCGGUCCCCGUACCCAGCGAUGCCGACUCCCCCAAGUUCAAGACCAGCGUUGGCAGCGCCAAGUACAUGCCCGAGAAGAACGUCGUCGUCUGGAGCAUCAAGUCGUUCCCGGGUGGGAAAGAGUUCCUGAUGCGGGCCCACUUCGGGCUGCCCAGCGUGGAGAAGGAGGAGGUGGAGGGGCGGCCGCCCAUUGCUGUCCGCUUCGAGAUCCCCUACUUCACCGUCUCAGGAAUCCAGGUGCGCUACAUGAAGAUCAUCGAGAAGAGUGGGUACCAGGCGCUACCCUGGGUGCGGUACAUCACACAGAGCGGGGAUUACCAGCUCCGGACCCAGUAG